AUGGCUGCUACCCAGCUUGCUUCAUCUGCUAUUCUUACUUUCACCAAACUCCCUUCUACAAGCAGUCGCACCUUACUAGGAUUUUCAAGCAAUGCAUAUUCUUCUUGCCAAGUUCGAUGCAUGGUUGCCGCCACAAGUAAUACUGAUAAAGCGAUCGUCAGACGGUCUGCAAAUUUUCAAACUCCCAUUUGGGACUUCAAUUUUAUUCAGUCAUUGUCAAGUGAAUAUGUGGGACACUCAUUUACAAGACAAGCCAACAAGUUGAAGGAAGAUGCGAGGUUGAUGCUUGAGGAAGCAUUGAAUCCUUUAGAUCAACUCGAUCUAAUUGAUACCUUGCAAAGACUAGGGAUAGCUUAUCAUUUUGAGGAAGAAAUAUCGAGUAUAACGAAGAACAUUUACAAUGAUAAUCAUAGAGAUGAUACCAAGAUGAUCAAAGAGGAUAAUCUGUAUGCUAAUGCUCUUGAAUUUAGACUCCUCAGACAGCAUGGGUAUAAUGUACCUCAAGAGGUUUUCAAUAGUUUCAAGGAUGACCAAGGGAACUUCAAGGCAUGUCUUUGUAAUGAUAUCAAGGGAAUGCUGUAUUUGUAUGAAGCCUCGUAUCUUUUGGUUGAAGGUGAGAGUAUCUUAGAGGAAGCAAGAGAUUUUGCAGCAAAACAUCUCAAAAAACACGGCAUGCUGAACAAAGAUCAAUAUCUUUCAAUAUUAGCGAAUCAUGCUUUGGAGCUUCCACUGCACUGGAGGAUGAAAAGGAUGGAGGCCAAAUGGUUCAUAGAUGCAUAUGAGAGGAGAUUGGACUUCAAGCCUAUCCUUCUUGAUUUUGCUAAAUUGGAUUACAAUAUGGUGCAAGCAAAACACCAGGAAGAUAUAAAAGAUGCAUCAAGGUGGGAUAUCAAUGCAAUUGAGCCGCUUCCACACUUCAUGAAAAUUACAUUCUUUGCUCUCUACAACACUGCUAACGAAAUGGCGUACAAGAUUCUCAAGGAACAAAAAAUUAAUGUUGUUCCUUCUUUGAAGAAAAUGUGGGGAGAUUUAUGUCGAGCUUAUUUACAAGAGGCAAGGUGGUACCAUGCUGGAUAUAAACCAACUCUGAAAGAAUACCUUGGUAAUGCAUGGAUGUCUAUCUCUACACCAUUGGUCUUAGGACAUGCUUUCUUUUUCAUCACAAAUCCAAUAACCGAGGAAGCUUCGAAAUGCAUUAUGGAAUAUCCAGAUAUAAUUCGUUACUCGUCAUUGAUUUUUCGUCUUGCAAAUGAUCUAGGAACAUCUUCGGAUGAGAUAGCAAGAGGGGAUGUUCCAAAAUCAAUUCAAUGUUACAUGCAUGAAACUGGGGCAACAGAAGAAGAAGCUCGUGAGCACAUGGGAUAUUUGAUAAAUGAGACAUGGAAAAAAAUAAAUAGAGAGAGAUUUGCAGAAUAUCCCUUCUCUCAAACUUUCAUGGACAUUCCAAUCAACCUUGGAAGGUCUGCCCUGUUCUUUUAUCAGUAUGGAGAUGGAUAUGCUAUUCAAGAUGGUGAAACCAAGGAUCGUUUGACAUCAAUAUUUGUUCAGCCCAUCGCUCUCGUAGGACAGUCUUUUGGAAACUGA